CUGAGAUCAGAUGCUACUGCAACUUGCCUGCUUGCGUUGCCACCGGCUACAUGUGCAAGGCACAUCAUGGCGCUUGCUUCAGCCGGAUAGCAAACGAACUAGACAUUGCCAAGUCUCAUCAUGGCUGCAGUGGAAUGCUCGCCGACCCGCAGGAACGGGAGACGUGCGUCCAUCUAAACGGCAGCAAGGCCAAAGAUGGCGGUGAAGGAAAAUGGCCGAUGGUCUUGUGUUGCAAAGAGGACAUGUGCAAUUAUAUAGACAAUGUCGAUAUUAGAAUACAAGUGAAUACAACGCGGGAUGGAAACUUGUAUAUUAAAGGUGACAAUUCGCAGCACGGAAGCCAGGCGAGACACAAGGCCGAAAUUGACCCUAAUGAACUGUGGUUCAAGGCUGCGGUCAUAGCCGUGCCGAUUGCAGGGGCAUGUAUCCUUGUUAUGCUCAUCCUGCUCGCCGUGCGCAUGCUCCGCAAGGACAGCCGGCGACACAUGCGCCUCCUACAACUACGUCAGCAGAGGGCGCAGCUGUUCGUCGGCGAACACAUCGACUUCUUUCCGGAAAAGAACGAAACGAACGCGAAGCUGAACACCCGACAGAAUAACAUUUGUGGCGGGAAGCAUGUGAACAUGAGCAGCGGCAGCAGCACCACACUGAAGAGCUGCGCAUCGUCAACGACUCAGGACUCGAAACCGGUGAACACGAAUCACCUCAACAAUGUAUAUACGUCGGUGAUCAUCUGGGGUACGGAUCUAGAGAAGGCCGAUCCACACCCGCCUACGCCCGUGUAGAGAAGGUUACGAUCCCCUCCCCCCAACCACACUCACCCAUCCCUCACGCGCAAUGCCCGUAGAACUUCGACUGUAAGAAGAUGUCGGUUUGUCUUGUACUACGUUUAUCUGUCGAUCGAAACGAAAUACGUACGCUCUGUCACUUCCAGCAGCCGAAUCGAUCAGUUUCUCGUCGAAUGUUUCCAGUGCCACUGUGGCAAUAUUUUUUAGUUAGAGCCGAACACACUGACGUGCCAAACUAGGUCACCUACAUGGCGGACCACAGAGGUGCGAGUUAGCUUCCUUACUACCAUGCAACAUACAUCCCUGCAGGCACGGAUUGUUAAUUCAUUGCCACGUACGAAUUUGGAAUUGUAUACUAUUUCUAACGAACGGAUAAGUGCUACCGAAUUCUAGUGUUAAACUUGUUAGCAACCAAUUGACUGACAUCCAAUACAAUGGCACGAUAGGAAAUCCAUCGUCAUGAGAUUUGUAGGUAUCUCAUUGGGGGCAAUCUACUUACGCCAGUAAAUUGUGUCCAAUUAUUCCUCACAGUCUGACGCUGAUAUUAGAGCAUAGAGUCGUAUCGUGAAACGAGUUCUUAGCCGCGAUUUGUUGGCCUAAAAUCUACUAUAUCGUAACGCACUCCUUGUCUGUUUGCAUCUGUACUUCUACUCGGUGGCGUUUCAUGUCAGCCAUACGCAUGUUGGUGAAAUAUGUCACGGCUGCCUUUGUAUGCAUCCGAUUUUCCAAUUUUUCACGGGCUAUAUUGAAAAGAAUAUCGGUAUCAUAAUUUUUAUACGUACUUGUCGGAGAUUGUAUUUCUCUCGAUUUCAUUUCAACUCGCUUCAACCGAGAGAAUUCUGGUGUUUCUUGAGGCGUGUUGAAAUGAAAUCGAUUACGAUUUCGUUCGUUAUGAAGCGACUGAAUACUAGUUCACUUCAACCGGCUUCUAACGCGAGAAAAGAUAAGAAUCGCGGAUACUUUGGAAUAAUUCCUGUCAGUGUAUGCACUGAUCCUCUCGCAGACGUGUUCGUCUCUGACAUCUUUACUAUAAUCUGUUAGACUAUUAAUACGGGUUCCACCGUUCUUCCACACGACGAAAUAGCUUAUUUUUUACUACGAACGAACAAGCAACGCCGUCACUCGAUAGCCCGAAUUUUCGUACGAGACUUCAGGCGGGAAUUAUUUUUGUAAAGCAAGAGGGUGCCUUCUUGUGACGAGAACCUACAGUGUAGUAGCAGCUACACGCGUAGCUUUCUUCGUCCGCUGGGUUUACUCCAGUUCGCGGCGUUUUUACUCCACUCUGUAAAGUAGUAUGUAGAUAGAAAAUUCGGUAUAACUCAUUGACGUUUUAUACGACUAUUGCAAAGUUCAGUCGGCCACGUUUGUUUUAACAACGACGACUGUCGUACACUAAGACGAGGCGCGGGGGUAGCGGUAGCCACUAGCCAGUGGAGUGUUGCAUAGUGGUGCCAUCUGCUGGGGAGAUAAGUGACGAAAAGUAGUUAUACGGAAAAGGGUUAAACGGAUUGGCCGAGGUGUAUCCGUCGGUUUCUCUAACAUUGUAAAUUAAUAUUUAAUGUAAAGAACUAAACAUUGUAUGAUAUAGGUAAUGUAAAUGUCUCUACGCGAGAGUGCGAUGAUUUUACCGUGAAGCUGCUGUGAAAUUUUGGUUUAUUUGCCUUACAUCAUGGAUAUCCAGUUGCUCAAAAGACUGUGGAUAUGUCAAACCAUCACCAAAAUGUUUGCUUCACUUGUACAUAUUGGCUAUGCUGUAUAAUAUUUUAUGAAAUGUGUUAUCAAAGUAUUAUAUUUAUUGCGUACAAUAAACAUGGUUUGUACUAAGAA